AUGAUGGAUGCUCAUCAAUGUGCUCGAAACCAACUGGGAAAGAUGGUAAACAUCAGUACCGAAGGAGGUGCUGUGGCUUUUGUGGAUCUUUGGAAAUGCUACGACAUCAAUCCGUACCAUCCCUACGUUUCAGCGUCCUUGGUAUCCGCCGUGGUGGUAUCUUUCAGCAUCAUCUUCGUGGCAUUUCGUUGGAAAUGGCGCAGUUCUUCCGUGGCCAAGAGCAGUCGUCCUCCUUUGAAACGAUCCGUGUCCAAUACUUCUUCCUUGAUGGCAUCGAUGUGUAUUCCCAAACGACACAACAUGCCAGAUCCUAUCAUUAACAUCUUUAUCGAGUUUGCCCAGUGCCCUACUGAGGAAGAUAUGAUGAAUCUGGUCGUUGCUAAGCUCUUGCAAUACGAACGAUUAGCCACAAUCCCAGUGGUGGACCAACAGGAGCAAUUAUCCUUUCAUCAGAUGCCCUUUGACACCCAAAAGUUGGUACGACGCAUCCUGGUCAACAACAAUACGAAAGAAUGUGAGCCCCUCCACAAGGUGGCCGAAAGGCACUUGCAUGAUCCGUUGGAUGAUCCCAAGGGAAGAGGAAAAUUACCUUGGUGGGAGAUACUACUUUUGGAUAACCAAGGAACCGGAAACAGUGCUUGCAUAUGGAGAAUUCAUCAUGCUUUGGGUGAUGGCAUUUCUUUGGCCACGGUAGGUCAGCAAAUUUUGGAAUAUGCCGAUGGUUCACCCAUGACAUCCGUGAUUCCAAAGGGAAUGAUGGAGAAACGUGGAAAGCCCCAAAUGGCGUUGCCGAGUCUGGCAGGGAAGCUUUUGACAGCUGCGAUCCAAGUACUGACCAUGCCCCAUACGUGGUCGGAUGAUCCCACAGUCUUUUCCAAGGCAAUGGGCACGAAUAUGGUCCAUAACCAUGACAGAGAGAUUGUUCUAUUCCCUACCCUUCCCUUGGACUUUGUCAAGGCCAUCAAGAAUGCAGCCAAAGUUUCCAUCAACGACGUUCUGUUCACGUGCUUGUCACAGGCCAUUCGAGACUACUUGGACGAACAAGACUGUCCAGUCAUCAAGGAACAAGGCGCCAAUCUACUGUGUCGAGCACUCAUUGCGGCCGUGUUGCCUCGAACCGUCAGUAAUGCAGCAGUGGAUACUUUGAAAAACAAAUGGUUCUUUUUGUCAUCCGACUUGGGUGUGGGGGUUUCACCCGACAAGAAUGACAUUCUCGAACGACUUCAAUACCUCCACAAUCACCUCUCCAGUCUCAAGACGAGUCCAGUACCGAUGGUGGGAUUGGCGAUGCAAAACCAUCUCGCACCCUACACCCCUCGGGCCUUGAGCGAAUACUUGUUUUGGAAUACGUUGUCCAAACGAUCGGUAUCCAUAUCCAAUGUGCCGGGACCGGCCAAGACGUGUAUGUUUGCUGGUCAACCUGGCAUCGGAUGCAACAUGUUCUUGUCCAACAUUAUGCCGCACGUGGCGUUUAUCAGCUAUGCGGGUCAAAUUUCUGGUAACAUUACGCUGGACCCCUCAGCCGUUCCCAACUGCCAGUCGCUCUCGAGGCAUCUACACAACGCGGUGGUCACCCUGGCAGAGCGACUCGAUGUGCCCGUUCCCAAAGAGGUGCUCUUGCCACCGAAGGUGGACGGACCGGGCAGCAAUGCUGAAGCACAAUGA